AUGGCAGACAAUCCCUCGAGAAGUAAAGGCAACGGCCUCUCAGUGCCUCUCAAUACCUCCCAACGAGAGAAGUUCCCAGAGCAAGAGCCAGCGCCAUCAUCAGAUGAGAUCCAAUACCCAAGUGUCCUUAAAUUGACAUUUAUCCUCAUAGGUCUGAACCUGUCUGUGUUCCUUGUCGGUCUUGAUAACACCAUUCUCUCCAGCGCUAUUCCCAAAAUCACCGACCGAUUCCACGCUCUAGGCGAUGUCGGCUGGUACGCCAGUGCUUACCUUCUCACAAACUGCGCCUUUCAGCUUUUCUGGGGCAAGCUAUACACAUUCUACACCGUGAAAUGGGUCUACCUUGUGGCUUUGUUUCUGUUCGAGCUUGGCUCGUUGGUUUGUGCCGUUGCGCCUUCUUCAACGGCCUUGAUUGUGGGGCGGGCAGUUGCUGGUGUUGGCGCUGGGGGCGUGACGAACGGCUCGUUCCUGCUCAUUGCACACUCAGUAGAGCCGCGAAGACGGCCAACGUUGGUGGGACUGCUGGGGUCUAUGUAUGGGCUUGCCGCGAUUGCGGGACCACUUAUGGGGGGUGCUUUUACGGAUAACGGGGCGUUGACGUGGAGGUGGUGCUUCUAUAUCAAUCUGCCGCUGGGGGCAGUACCAUCGCUUGUGAUUUUGUUUUUGAUCCCGGCUUUUGCGGGGAGUGAGAACCGCGAGUCCGGGAUCGGGAAUCAGAUCCGCCAAAUGGAUGUUCCUGGCUCGCUGUGUUUACUGCCCGGUGUCAUCUGUCUGCUUCUUGCGCUGCAGUGGGGAGGGACAAAGUACAACUGGGGGAAUGAACGUAUCAUUGCGCUCUUUUUCCUUGCAGGCGUGCUACUUAGCGGCUUCACGAUCAUCCAGUACUUCAGCGGAGACCGCGCAACGGUGCCGCCGAGAGUCUUCGGGAACAGGAAUGUCUGGGGCGCGGCCCUGUUUGGUUCGGGUGUUACUGCUGGCUUCUUCUUAAUGCUGUACUAUAUCCCCAUCUGGUUCCAAGCCGUGAAAGGCGCAUCUGCAGUUCGCUCUGGCGUGAUGAAUCUGCCCAUGGUCCUCGCCUACGUGACCUUCUCGCUCUCUGGAGGCUUCCUCACCUCGCUGCUAGGCUACUACGUCCCCUUCGCCUAUCUCACAGUUAUUUUCAUGUCAGUCGGUUCCGGUCUGCUUUCCACAUUUACCGUCUCCUCUGGAUCGCCAGAAUGGAUAGGCUACCAAUUCCUCUUUGGCGCGGGCGUUGGUCUUGGUCUUCAGACGGCGUUUGCGGCGCCCCAGUGCACUCUCCCGAUUGAAGAUAUCGCAAUCGGGACGGCGAUUGUUAUGUUUCUUGAGAAUUUGAGUGCGGCUAUCUUUGUGUCUGUCGGGCAGAAUGUUUUCUCGAAUCAGCUCAAGACCAAUGUCCAGAUUUAUGCACCGAGCGUUGACACAGCGCGGUUGAUCGAUGGGGGUGCGACGGAGGCAGUUUUGAGGGCGUACAACAAGGCUCUGACGGGGACGUUCUAUGUCGGCGUGGGCUUGUCCUGCAUCGGGAUCUUUGGAGUGGUGUUUAUGCAGUGGGUUAAUGUGAAAAAAAGUGGAAAAAAGACCGAGCAGGACAAUAAAGAUGUUUAA